AUGAUGUUCACAGUGACCGGUACAUUCUCGCCCUCAUCAUCAACAUCAUCAAUUCCACCUUCAACGGCUAAAUGUCGUGCGCAAAAAUUUGAAACAAUUGAUGAUGAUAAUGAUGAUAUUAUUGAUGGUACGAGGAAAGAAUUAAACAACAGUGAGACGUCAAAUUCAACAACUGUUCAAUCAAUUGAUAAAGGAACAACUUUAACUACAACUCAAACAUUAACCAAUAAAAAUUUAAAUGGAAAUAUUGAUGGGAACGGUAAAUCGGUACACGGAAUUGUUGCAUCACUGAUACGUGCAGCUGAGGAAACACGUUUUCAGGCACCUGAUAAACCGAAAUCAUUAAAUUUUAAUAAUAAAAAAAUUGAACAGAAACAAUCAUCAACAGCUGCUAUCAUUACUAUUAAUUCCGAACAACAACAACAACAACAACAACAACAACAGGAAACUGGUACUCAAACAAGUCCAUACUCAUUAUCCAGAUCAAGUUCAUUUGAUUGGAUCAACGAAUCAUCCAUUGACGAUCAGUACAGUGAGGAACUUAUGAUCACUUCAACCGAAUCACCCGGAACAUCCGAGGAUCCUCAAUAUUCCUCAUUAAACCAAACUGUGGAAUCUCAUACUACUGAUAAGAAAGUUCAAGGAAUGUUGCAACAUGAUGGUUUGAAUGAAAAAAGAAAAAUACAAUCAUCGGAAAAUAUUGACGAUAGUAUAGCAAUGUUAUUGGAAUAUGCUGAAGAUUUGGAUAUUAUACCAAAUCGAGAAUUGCAUUAUCCAAUUACCAAUGAAAAUUUUAUAAAAGUAGCAAACGAUAUGCGAGAUAGUGAAACAAUUUUGACACGUGAAAUUUCAUCUGAUAAUUCCAGAAAUCGGAUAUCAUCAACAAACAAUCAGAAUGAAUUUUUUCGUCGUUUUACAUCAUCAACGGAUAAUGCUAAUAGUACAGUUAGCUUAACUGGUAGUAAAACUAGCCAAUAUGGAUACAUUGGAAAAGGUUGUUCACAAGGAUCAAUGAAUGGUAGCAUAUAUGAUAAUGUGCCUCAUGGAAUAAAGCAUCCAUCAUUUUUAGUAGAUUCAACAUCAGUGUCGAGCAAAUUGAAUCAUGAUGCUAUAUUAUCGCAUAGUGCAAAAGUUAUGGAUAAUUCAUCGUCACCCAAUGAUAGCGCUAUAUCUCAGCGUGAUAUUAGUGUUAGCUCUGGUUUAGCUGAUAGCGAGAGUUCUCCGAUCACUCCCGGUGCUCCAACUUCCAUCCGAUUACAUCAUAAUCGAUAUCGGAAACAGCAAUCAAACACUGAUAAUAGAUCGCAAAUAACUCAGAUAAAGAUAGAUUCAUCAUUUAAUGAUACGAAUAGAAAUGGUAAAGAAAUUCGUUCACCGUUACCAUCUUCACCUCGUUUGGAUACGGAAAAGCGAACUUUAUCGAUGGUAUUAGCAUCUGAUUUAUUUACAUUCAGUACUGGACAUGUUCCGGAACGAGUGGAAAGCUGUGAAGAAUUAGACGUUGAUUUCACUGAACAGGUUUUUGUUGAUGAAAAUACUUUCAAAUGA